GCUAAGCGCACCAAGAAGGUUGGGAUUGUGGGUAAAUAUGGUACGCGUUACGGUGCAUCCCUUAGGAAAAUGGUGAAGAAGAUCGAGAUUAGCCAGCAUGCCAAGUAUACCUGCUCCUUCUGUGGCAAGACCAAAAUGAAGAGGAAGGCUGUGGGUAUCUGGCACUGUGGAUCCUGCAUGAAGACAGUUGCUGGUGGUGCUUGGACUUACAAUACCACCUCUGCAGUGACGGUCAAAUCUGCCAUCAGAAGACUGAAGGAAUUGAAAGACCAGUAGAAACUACUUCUCAUUCUCCUUGUGAAACAUCCUUUUUUUCCCCUCUGUUAAGAUCUAUCCUAUUGUUGUUUUUAUUUCAACAAUAAAAAGGUAAUAAUGGAGUGGAA